GUUUGGCCUAGUUUGGUAGAAAAAAGAUAAAAAGAGAGGAGGGAGGGGGAGGAAGGUUCGCCUGACUGUGGUGAAGAUCAGGUGGGAGCAGUGAGGGUCUGGACGGCAGGACCCCACUCCUCCCUUUCUUUUCUUCAUCACAGGCUUUCCUGCCAGAUUUGUUCAUGGUUUCAUACCGAAUCCAGAUACGAUUCCAACCACCAGGAUCUCCAUCUAUUUGUUAAAUCUGUGGUGCCGUUCUUGCGAAAUAGCUUCCGGAAGGGAAAAGGUGGAACUUCCACAAAAUCUCAGGGCCUUCUCCUUCGAAAAUUUGGAAGCAACUCUUAUCAAAGUCCUUCUGGGAGAGACAAAAGGUCGGUCCUUAAAAAGGUAUCCGGUUUUCUUUGUCAGUGGAGCAUCACCCCGAUCACCCCUGUCUGUUGGAAUUCAUCUCUCUCUCUCUCUCUCUUAUCAUUUUUCUCUUUUAGAAGCGAACCAUUAUUUGCUUGUGGAAGCCCUUUUUUGCCUCUUUAAACCCAAGGUUCUGGGGGUUAAAGAAUUCGCCCGCCUGUGUCUAUCGUGGCCAGCAUUUGUGGGGGUUAUAGUGCUGCUGGAUCUAAAGGUUCCCCGAUUCAUUGCAUGAUAAAAUUGAAAGUAUUCCCAAAUCAAAUUUAGUGGCGGGGAGAGACCAAAUAUUCCUUUCUCUUUGUUAAUGACUAGGUCCACUCUGAAUGGUAGUAUUUUAAAAAGAUCGACCUUUUAGUGAGAGUUGCUUUGUUCAAUCAGCAUUAUCUUUCCCUCUACCACGAUUCAAUCCCAAUAAACGAAAGUCUAUCUUUACACUGAAGGCCUUGAUUCUUCCACUGUUUUGACAGUGGCUUCCUACUUUUUCUUCCUUCUCUUUUUUUGUUCAAGUACCCUGGUGUAAUAGCACUCUUUGUUGGACUCUUUGCUCUAUCUUUUACUUUUGGGACAACCCGUCAUUGAAAUCAUCAGCAUCUCUAGGAAUCUCCUUUAUGUGAUACUUUUCUUCUUGAUAUCCUACCUGCCUUUCUUGAUGCUCUUCAGACCUCUGGCCCUGCGGUUCCUGCGUUCACAUGUCUGCACCAAGGAUGAGAUGAAACCUUUGCUGAUGCUGUUCUGCCAAGCAUUGUUUGGUUUGUGCGGUCAGUUGUUGAUGAACAGUCUUCUUUUUGCCUUUCCCUUCGUACUCUUUUCAAAGAGAUCGACGAGGAAAAAGAUCUCCGCAAGGACCGAACGCGUCGAGGAGAUCAUGGAGGAACCAUCGGUCCUUGAUCUGCCUGAAUUGGUUCUCGAAUCCAUUCUGGGGAGGUUGUCUCCUGCUGGGCUGUGUAACAUGGCUGCAGUUUGUAGUUCCAUGAGGGACAGAUGCAGGAGCGAUCAUUUGUGGGAGAGGCAUAUGAAGGACAAGUGGGGCAAGGUGAUCGGAGAAGCUGCCUUCAGGGAAUGGCAGUACUAUGUCACAGCAAGGAAGAGUUUGGGUGUUCUGGACGAUGGGAGGUCGAAAGGAUGGAUGGGCAGCCUUUCGUGUCUUUGGCCUUUAUCAUGGCUCAGAUCAAAGAUUGAUGGUGGCGGUGGCAGACUGAAGAAUUCCUUGCCGGUCGACUCGAUUAAGUCGUGGUAUCUGUCUCUUGAAAAUGGGAAGUUCUGGUUCCCCGCCCAAGUCUAUAAUCGAGAGCAUGGGCAUGUUGGAUUCAUGCUGUCCUGUUAUGAUGCCGAACUCAGCUACGAUUGUCACACUGAUACAUUCCACGCAAGGUACCCACCUCAUGGGCGUAGAACAAUUGUGAUUGAGGAAGGAGUCCAGUGGGAGAGAUUAAGAGCACCUCCUGUUGACACUCCUGCCCAUGAUCUUCACAUAUCAGACUGUCUAAAUGAUCUGCAGCCCGGCGAUCAUGUUGAGAUUCAGUGGAGAAGAAACAAAGAAUUUCCUUAUGGCUGGUGGUAUGGGAUUGUUGGUCACUUGGAGUCAUGCGAUGGAAAUGAAUACAAUUGCCGUUGCCAUGUAAAUGAUACUGUGAUAUUGGAGUUCAACCAGUAUACACCUGGUUCACGGUGGCGACGAGCAGCCAUCAAUAGGAGAGAACACAGGGAAGAAGGGAAUGAGACAGAUGGGUUCUAUGGUGGGAUCAGGAAGCUGCAGAGCAAGGAAGAAAUAUCCACUUGGAAGCGGCUAUGGCCAAAUGAGGUGUUAGAAUAGAUGUCACAGUUUUCAGCCUGUAACUGCAUUAUUAGUUACUUACCUUUGGUCACAAGUGGCUGCAGUGCUGUCAGGGAAACAGGAGCCCCCCCAAACUUGCAAUUGGAGAAGCCAACUUGGUUGAAGUUUAUAUAUCCCAUGUCUAUAUUUACUAUCCAUGAGUAGGUAAAAUUAAGAUCAGAUUCAGGAGCAACAGUAGCAAUUUCCAAAGGGAGCAUUAGAUCAUUCUUUAAGAGUUCGUGAAAUUAGUGUUUCCUUCAAUACUUGAGCGGAAUUGUCUGCUCUCUUGUGGAAUAUACUGCAAACUUGUAUGUAGAUUUGUCUGCUCUCUUUUGGAAUAUACUGCAAAUUUGUGUGUACUAUAUUUCUCAAAUUGAAUAUUCCUAGUGGCUGAUGUAAUUAUUGCCAUAGGUGAUCAAAUAGUCCUGAAGUUAUGGGAUAUUGUAAUUGAAGGUUCAGUUAGAGUAAGAUAUGCUGAAGCUCUCUGUUUCAUAUGAAGUGGAAGCUCUUGUAAA